GAGUAGUAUAUUGUUGAUCUCUCUCUCUCUCUCAAAUAGAGGAAACAGAGACACCAGAGGAGUUUAAUGCCCUCCGCCUACUGCCUCGGAAGUCAGAACCUCUCUCUCUCUCUCUCACUGAAAGACUGAACCUUGUUGUUGUCUCUUGAACUUUCUCUGCUCGGUGCCUCUGACCCAUUUAUUUCCUGUGUUUGUUUGGAAGAAGGUCCCAAAAAACCAAAUAGAAACAACCCUCUUGUGGACUUCUCCAUAUGUAACUCCAUCUUCUCCAGUUCUUUCUUUAGCUGUUUCUGUUUCCUCUCUCAGAUCAACUCUCUUUUCCCUUUUCAUUUUGCUUGUACCCUUCCGGUUGCUCUGUUUCAGCAGAAGACAAUGAGUAAAGAAGAGAUUUUGAAGAUCCAGACUUGUGUUCUGAAAGUGAACAUUCACUGUGAUGGGUGUAAGGAUAAAGUGAGGAAAAUCCUGCAGAAAAUUGAUGGGGUGUACAAAACUAAUAUAGACUCAGAGCUGGGGAAGGUGACUGUGGCAGGAAAUGUAAAUCCAGACACUUUGAUAAGAAAGCUUGGUAAGAAUGGGAAACAUGCAGAGAUUUGGGGUGCCUCCAAGGGUAAUUACCAGAACCAGCUCAAUAACCAGUUCAAGAACAUCCAGAUUGACCAGGGUGGCAAAAAUGGGAAUAACAAGAACAACAAGGGUGGAAAUAAUCAGCAAAAGGGUGGUGGUCAAAUGGGGCAAGUGAAAGGGAUUCAAGAUUUGAAAUUGCCCCAAUUCAAGGGCCUGAAAUUGCCCUUUGCUGGAAAGGAUCAGAAUCAGAAGGCUGUGAAGUUCAAAUUGCCUGAGGAAGAUGACAUGAGUGAUUUUGAUGAUGACUAUGAUGAUGAUGAUGAGUUUGACGAUGAAGAUGAUGAAUUUGAUGAUGAUAUCGAUGAUGCCCGUCAUCAUGGUAACAAGAUGAAACCUAUGAUGGGUAAUGGUCAAGGAGGGAAUCAGAUGGCUAACCUGAUGAUGAUGAUGAAUGGGCAACAUGGCCAAGCCAAGGGUGGUGGUGGUGGAAAUGGUGGUAAUAAUGGAGGAAAUGGCAAAAAGGGCGGCGGUGGCGGUGGGGGAAGUAUACCUGUUGUGGUGAAUGGCAGUGGUGGAAAGAAAGGCGGCGGCGGCGGCGGCGGUGGAAAUGGGAACAACCAACAAAAUCAAGGUAGUGGUGGGAAAAAUGGAGGCAAAAAUGGUGGUGGCCAACAGCCAGGGGGUAAAAAUGGUAACAACGGUGGUGGUGGGGCUCAGAGCAAGACUGGAAAUAAUCCCCACGGCGGUGGCGGCGGUGGUGCUCAUGGUAUUAUUAAUGGUAAUGGGGGAAAGAAAGGGGGUGGGAUGAAUGAUGGUAUUCAAGGCAUGCCCAGCAUGAUGAGUGGGUUCCAUGGCAUGGGUGGUGGUAAUAUGGGCCAGAUGGGAAAUAGUUUGUCCAUGGGCCAGAUGGGUAGCAACCCAAUGGGUCACAUGGGCCAAAUGCCGGCGGUCCAAGGCCUCCCGGCUUCGGCAAUGAACGGCGGCGGCGGGUACUUCGGUGGAGGUGUACCGGAGAUGGCGGCAAAUCCCUAUCAGCAGCAACAACUAGCGGCGAUGAUGAUGAACCAACAACGCGCUAACGGGAACGAGCGGUUUCAUCCGAUGAUGUACGCCAGGCCGCCUCCAGCCGUCAACUACAUGCCGCCUUAUCCGUACCAAUAUCCGCCCCCGGCUGACCCCUACACCCACGUUUUCAGUGAUGAGAACACCUCAAGUUGCAAUGUGAUGUGAGCAAUUGGUUAAAGUUUGAGGAGAAGAGUUCGGUGGUUCAAUUAAAAAUAGUAAAUGGAAAUGUCUUUUUACUCUUUUAAUUAGUACUAGUUCUUCACUUUUGGUUUUUCCUUUUUUAACCUAAGCUUUCAUUAGGGUUUUUCUAAGUUAUGAUAUGAUAGGGACUAUUUAUAGGUAAUGUACUAAAUAGUCUUAGGGUAGAAGAGUGGUAAGUGGGAGAUGUUUGUGGGCUUUUUGCUUGAUAUAUAUUGUUUAUAUUUCGUUUUAUAUUUUGGGACACAAAAAUAAGAUAGGAAGAAAGAAUGGGGUUUGGUAAUCGUAUAAUAUUUUCCUACACGGAUUUUCUCUCACAAA